GCCCAUUUGACCACAAAAGCUGAGGACACAAAACGCCCCACACCCGCGGAAUUCAUAACCCCCACAGUCCUCCACCAUGUCUGUUGCUCGCCUGACCCACCUCGCCAAGGAGCUCACGGGCUUGGCCCCGUGGGGCGUUCCCGGAGCGAUCUUUGUCGGCUGGAUGGCCUGGCCCGCACUGUCGCCCGCUUUCAAGGAGGAGACGCUGGGCCUGGCUCCUGCUACGCUGCCGUCUGCCCCCGUGUCUGGCUCCAAGAAGGAUAUUUUCCGCUCUUCCGGCAAGUACAAGUACGUCAAGAGUGAGAUCGGCGAGGCUCCGACCCUCGACGAGGACUAAAAGUCGAUGCAAUCCACACAACUUGCUCGUAGUUAGCACUAUACACCUGAAAACAAAGAAAAAUUUGCACGACGAGA